CUACAAACUGAAGGUUUGUCAUGCACUUUCAACGAGACCUUUAGUCUUGUUGCUUCUUCUUCGUGACAUUAGUGUUCGAAUAACCUACGAUCGGAAGAUUUCUCUUCAUCUAAUCUGGGUCGACGCGUUAACAACGACCGAUCAAAAUAAAAUAUGACAAAAUUAGAUUCAUACCAAGUCGAUCAAAAAGAGCCGCUUCUAAAUGCACUCGAGAAGCUCGGCGAAGGUUCCAAUUUUCUUUAUUUGAUUUUCAUUUUAACGACGAUACCAACGUUGUUCAAUGGAAUGCAUUCUAUGGCAUAUAUCUUCAUAGCCGAAAUUCCUAAUCACUGGUGCUCCAUACCAAUUCUUACUUCAUCGAAUUGGACUGAUGAACAAAUAAGAAAUAUUUCAUCGGCCAGUUCUUGUACCCAAUACGAUUAUGACUAUGAAUAUUUUGCAAGAAUAGGUUUUGAAGAAGCUCUCAAAUAUAAAAACAAAAAUCAAACAUUGAAGACAACUGAAUGCAACGUUCGAAGUUUUGCACACAACAUACAAGGUACUUCUUUCGUGGAAGAUUGGGAUCUCGUGUGCGACAGAAUGGCUGAUAGAUCCAACACCCAGAUGAUGUUCUCUCUUGGAAAACUCUUAGGAAGCGCAUCGUUCGGUAUUAUUUCCGACAAAUUUGGUCGCAGAUUCUCUUACAUCAUCGGUAUAAUUAUGCUGAUUAUAUCUGGCCCAAUCAGUGCGAUCGUACCUUGGUUCUGGUGCUUCAUGAUCCUUAGAUUAAUAAAUGGGAUAAGCCACGCCGCCAUUUUGUAUCCUUCCUUUACUUUUCUAACCGAAAUAGCCGGUGAAAAGCAUAGACAAUGGAUGGGUGUAGCAUAUAACGCUGGAUAUCCUGUAGGAACAGCAAUUAUGGCUAGUAUAGCAUACGGAUUACAUGAUUGGCGAUACAAACAAUUGGCAUCGACAUUGCCAGCUUUAAUUAUGGUUCUUUUUAUAUGGCUAAUGCCAGAAUCACCGCGAUGGCUUUUAUCACAAAAUCGUUUAAAAGAAGCCCAGAAAGUGAUCGAGAAAUAUCACGGACCUGUUUAUAAAACAACAAGCACUAACUCUACAACGGCUGCGCAUAAGCCUAUAUUGCAAAUUCAAUUGGAAGAAACGGAAGUGUCAAAUUCCUCGACUCAAAGGCAUAAAUUAAAGAACAGUAUAAAAGGGCUGGUUAUUAUUCUCUUUAACUAUGAAUUGUUAAAAAGAGUAAUGAUCACAAAUUUCGCAUGGCUCACAGCCUCGCUCACUUAUUAUGCCUUAGCGUUAAAUGUAGACAAUUUCUCAGCUGAUCGUUACCUUUACAUUUUUGUGAUGGGUAUCACCGAAAUACCAGCUUACUUGAUACCAACGCCCAUUUUGAUAUAUUUGGGACGAAGACAAGCUUGUGCUAUAAUGUACAGUUUAACGGCAUUGCUUUUAUUCAGUAUUCUUAUAAUACCAGCUACGAAAACUCUGGCUAUAAUAAUCGUCGCUCUAACAGGAAGAUUCGUAUUAUCUGCCGUCUACAGCAUCAUGAUACUAUAUACUUCAGAAUUGUUUCCUACGAUUACAAGGAAUUCUGCGAUUGGUAGCAGCUCAGCAAUGUCUCAUGUAGGUAGCAUAUCAUCUCCCUACGUCGCUGAUUUAUUAGGUGUCAUUGCUUGGUGGGCACCUAGUACUUUAUGUGCUUUUUGCGCUCUCCUAUCCGGUCUACUCUCUAUGAUGCUACCGGAAACACGUGGAAGACCAUUGACCGACACAGUAGACGAAGAAAUCACAAAAGAACGUGGUCUCGUUGAAAUAAAAAAUUGUUUUGCAUGUAAUAGAUAACGAUUCGAUGUAAUAAAGUUGUACUGAAGUAUAUUAAUUAUUAUCACUACAACGUAUUCACAUCGAUUAUCUGGGAAAUUCACAAAAAUAUUAAUGCUGUGAAAUCUAUUAUUUUUACUUUCCAAUACAAAUUAAAAUUAAACAACAUUGUAGUGAAUAUUAGUCAAUCAAAUUUUAUCAAUGCAAACGUGCAUUCGAUCGUAUAUGUGCGCAUAUAUAUGUGUGUAUAUAUAUAUAUAUAUAUAUAUAUAUAUAUAUAUAUAUAUAUAUGUAUGUAUGUAUCUAUAUACACACAUACAUAUGACAACUUAAUUUUUACAUACUCCACAUUAGAAUUGUUCUAAUCAAUAUUGUAAUGCAUGAAGUGUCGUAAUGUAACAAGAUGUCGUUUUUAAGAUCUGAAAAAAAUAAUUAAUAAGAUACAAUCGAAUCUAAUAAAAUUGAUAUAUUCACAUA